AGGCGUGCGGGGACAGACAGAAAUUUCACGGAUCUUAACGCCGCCGCCGUCGAUGUUCGCGACCAAUGGGCGCCCGCAAGAACCCACCCUCGCCGCCUCCACUGAUUUCAACCCUUAUCGGUCGCAGCGGUGGCGGUGGCGGUGGCCCACGGCGGCGCAAUCGUCAGUCACCCGACAACGGACCACCGCUCACCAUCGACCGUCGACAAUCGCAUCCCCUAGCUGCCAACCGCACAAUAUAUCCAUCUACGUUCUACACCAUAACAUAAUAUAAUUAUUUUUUAUUAUACGAUCGCUGUCGACAAUAGUUUGGAACACAUUACAUAAACACUUACGACGUCGGCCGAGCAAAGUGCUGUAACACUAUAUCCUGAUCAGAAAACCAAGACGGACACUACUACCAUGAUGGCCACCGGAGAUUCGAUGAAGUUCGCCGCCGCUCGAUUCGGUGGCACAGGCGGUCUGCUGGACUGCAACUUCCCAUCGUUGUACGUAGACGCGGUCUGGGCGAGAUUCCGGAGGCAUCCGGGCGCGUUUGCUAGCAGCCAGAUAGAAGGCUACGCCCGGGCCGUGGCUCUGUCCAGGAACGUCCAGAAACAGAUGGCUACGAUCACUGCAACUACGCCGGGUGGCAAGCCCAAGAAAAGAUACAUUUGCACGUACUGUGACCGAGAAUUCAGCAAGUCGUACAACCUGCUCAUACACGUCAGGACUCACACGGACGAACGUCCGUACCCGUGCGACGUGUGCGGCAAAGCGUUCCGCAGACAGGACCAUCUCAGAGAUCACAAAUACGUUCACAUGAAAGAUAAACCAUUCUCUUGCGAAUCCUGUGGCAAAGGCUUCUGUCAAAUGCGCACGUUGAUCAGCCAUCGAAAAAACGCACAAUGUCAAUGGUACCAAUACCAACGGCAUCAGGCGAUGGCAACACAGAUUUCCUCCGCCGGGACCGCUGGGACUGUUGCCGCUGCAGCGGCUGCGGUGGCAUCCCCCGAAACGGUCCGAAACGCCAACCUUACCGAUUUUAGUAUUAAAACCUUACUGGGAAUCAGCGAUGAUCAAUAACAAAGUAGAUAGUAGUACCUAUAUACACUUAACCUAUACUAGCUAAAAUAUAUAGUUGGUUUACUAUAUUUAUCGCUCUCUUUCAUACGGUGAAAUGUACAAAAAUAAGUAUGUAAAUACAAAAUAUUGAAUUGUAUCAUUACUAUUAACUAUUAUUUAAUUAUUAUAUUGUUGUUAUUAUUAUGUUAUUAUUAUAUAUUAUAUGUAUAGUAUUAUUAAUAUUUAAUGUAUUAUAUUUUUUACGAAUAAAUCGUUCCAAUACUGCA